UUAUGGUUUUAGCGUUAGGGUACCGGUACCGUGACCGUUUCAUGCUGAAGCGGUCUAAGAUUCUCAACGAGAUCGCAAAUCACAAAGCGAUUGAUUGAACCAUCAGAAGGGGACGUUGGCAAUGGAGGAAGCAACAAGCGUAGAGACAGACUCCCAACAUAACCCAACCGUGGAGUCUCCUAUGCCCUCGUCUACUGACGUGUCCUUUUCGAACCAAGGCGUCAAGAGUUUGCUGGAACUGUUAGUGAAACGUGGAUACUUUCAUGAGGGAAUAGAGCCUCCACAAGCCAAUUGCCGCCGAGGCAUACCGGUACCCAACGAGGACGAGGCAGAAGAAGAAGAAGUGUUGCCAACUCCAUACACCAUGGAUGAUAAUGCUUGCCAAGUUGUCUUUCUGGAGGAAGACUCCGAUGAUUCUUUGACAUACUGCUGCACAUACCCGGCCCUUUUAUCCAACCUUCGCAUUCAACUGAAGGAUGGUGGUCGAGUCAGCACCAAUCAGCUGGUAACAGCUUUGAGACUGCGGGACGAAGCGCCUAUCCUUAGAUUGCUACAAGAAGAGAACUUCGACAAUACAACGGACGACAACAUGUUUCAAAUUGGAAGUGACAUUGUGAGUUCGGAAUUUCUGGAUCGCGUGUCACAACGCGUCCUUGACUCAUUACAGGGAUCCACCAAAGGCAAAAAGGAGGACGAACAGACUGUAUCAGACGAUAAUAUCGGAUUAGCUAUGGUCUCUGAUUUAUCCAAUCGGGAGUUCCAUUUGCCGAUGGAAAUUACCUUGCAAGCUCUCAAAACUCGGCUGCCAUCAGGAUUUCAGCUUUUGGAAUUGGGGUCGGGCAUUGCACUUGCUGAGGAUGGCUUCAUGGAACGGUACAAACAAAAGGUUCUAGAUUAUUUUGGAACACUCCAGGAACCAGUCGUGAUCUCGGAUGUUUGUCAUCAGCGUUCCUGGGAUGUGGAUUUGGUGGCUACGUGGGUGCAAGAAGCAUGUCACGGCACCCUAGCAGGCGACUUUCACGGAGGAUCCAACGCAACUAGCUUAUCCAUUGGUUCCAUGUAUACACCACAUGCUCAUGUGCAAGCACUUCGCGAAGCCAUUGAUGAGCUCUUUGGCGCUCAGGGAUACAUGACGGCAUCCAGAGGGGCAGCUCUCGGUUUGAGCAAAGCCAAAAUGGGGGACUAUAUAAAGGAGUCUUUUCCUUCGGCAGUUCUUGUGAGUGACAACUUGGUAGUCAGCUCUGACGCGAUAUUGGCUCCAUUGGAGGCAGUCUUCCAGGAGGCGAUUGCAGUUUUAGGCUUUGUGGAUCUACAAAGCCAUCUGCCAGUUGACAUUUUGGACCAGGAGGAGGACACGAGAAAGAUCGCAGAAGAGCUUGUCAUAUCGUCAAUUUCAAAACAAGAUGAAACCAAAAAGAACUCCAAAACGAAAAAGAAAAAGGCUUCUGCUUCCGUUGGUGUCGUUGUUUUGUCGUCAAGCGGGGGACUGUUUGUCAGUACGGGGAUGAUUCAGCACAUCCAAAAAAACAUAGUGCCAGAUUUAAUAGGCAAACAUGCCAAGAGUCGGGCAGAAGAGAUUGAUGCUUCGGGCGAGGCUUCUACUGCGACAACUGACUCUUCCAAAUCUUCGUCGAAGAAAAAGGGUGGGCGAAAGGGCAAGAAAGGUUCCAAGGCAAGCCAGGAUGAAACCAACAACAACAGCAAUGCUGAAACUUCCAAAGACGUUGUGCCGCUUGCGGAAAUUGUCAAAUCUGUGGGACUGAAUCAGCCUGAGCUGCUCGACGUCGACCCCCUCAUGAAAGAAGCGAUGGAGAGUAAUGGACAGUUGCCUCAGUUGUCCUGGGAGAAAACAGACGAAUCUGCUGAAAUGUCUGGAGAUACCGCUAUUGAUCGUAGCCUCAACGAAAGCAUUCUCUGUGAGCUUUGCCGUUCUUGCUUGUACACGGAUGAUUUGAUAUCGAGCUGUCAACGUGCCAUUCAGGUCGAAUUGAAACGCUUAGAAUCGGCUCGCAUGUCCAAAGCCAGCGUGAGUCGCAAGGAUGCCGCGGCAAAAGUACGCAAUGUGGAAAGUGCCUUUGAAGAGUGGUUCGUCAAUGGUUGCUACAUGCUGCAAGAACAGGCCAAGUUCCUCGAAUACGUUGAAAGCUGGGAGUGCCCGAACGAGGACGAUGCGACAACGAGGAAGAAACUUCUACUCGACAAACUCAGAGAUGAGCAUCUUGACGGGUGCUGUGCGGACUUUACAAGCCGCCUGACUCAAUAUUGUUUGUUUAAGAAUGAAAUUGAUCCAAGCAUGUUUCAAUUUCAUUCAACGAACAUCACUACCAACACCGACAAAGACGACAACAAAGAAGACGGUGGCCUACCACUGUAUUGCACUCCCGUGGACCUCGCUAAUCGGCAGUACCCUUCAACGUUCCUGCAGCUUGCUGACUCUGGAAACAAGGGCAAAGUCAAAGAACCACUUCCCAAGCUACGGGAAGAACUGCCCGGUAGCAUGGGGGUAUCCUUGGCACGCCAAUGGGUUGCCUGCGGAGGCAGUUGCUACCAAGGAGGAUCCAAGGUGGAUGACGCGGGCAGCGAAUUCACCAGACCCGGCGAUCUCGAAAAGUUCACCGAAUAUGUCCAAGAGAACUGCUUAUCUCUCUGUGGGUUCCCCUUUAAAAAAUUGGACAAGAAAUCGGAAAAGCAGUUGUUGUUUGCACGACGUCAACACUUGAUGCGUCUGCUGGAAGAAACGGAUGAUGCCAGUGGUGUGUUGGACUUGACCAUGAUGCUUCUGUUCCAGCAAGUAAAGAGUGUGGUCUCGCUCGGUGUUUCCCGGCAUCGCAGCGACCUGUUGGCCUUGCUAAUAUCCGAACGAAAGAUUAACGACCAAGUGGCAGAACUGUUGCAAAAGCUGCUGACGGCCUUGGAUGGUUCUACUACGGCAGACAGUGCUCUCAUUGGAGCUGUCAAGGGUUGUGGUUUGUGUCGCGACAUUUCCAAGCACGAAAUAGAGAUUUGUCUUGGCUAAAACAACUAAGCAAUCACCAAUCUCUAGCUAGUCUAAUUAGUUACUUCUACAGAAGUGUGUAUUGUUGGUGUACUCUUUGUCGGAGUACCGUAGUAAAGUUAUCGAAGCAUUGGC